AUGGAUGUUGGUGAAUGCAUCAUCCCUGUUCCUCAUGUGAAGCAAGUGAAGCUAUCCAAUGCUGGAGGCAGAAUUAUCAUUGCAAGUGAUGGUGUCUGGGAUGAUUUGACUUUUGAAAUGGCUCUUGAAUGUUCUCGUGGAUACCCAUCCGAUAUAGCUGCCAAUCGAAUUGUUAAUGAAGCAACCCUACCUCGAGGACUACGAGAUGAUACUACCUGCAUCGUGGUGGACAUACUACCUCCAGAAAAACUAGCUCCUAGUCCUCCAACAAAGUGGCAGGGAAAAACCGUGCUCAAUAAUAUGUUCCGCGUUGAUCUGAAAAAUAACAUGUUCCGCCGAAAAAAUUCAGAUGCAUCUUUCAAAAUAGAUAGAGAAUAUGCUGAGCCGGAUGUGGUGGAAGAAAUAUUUGAGGACGGGUCUGCCAUGCUUUCACGAAGGCUUAGUACAGGAUACGCACUUCGGAACAUGUUUGAACCCUCCAGCUGUGCGAUUUGCCAGUUUAGACUGAAAUCUGGUCAGGGGAUUUCCAUACAUGCUAACCCACUGCAACAGGAAAAAAUGCAAGGUUGGCAAGGCCCUUUCCUCUGCCAAAGCUGUCAUGAAAAGAAGAAAGCAAUGGAGGGUAAAAGGCGUCCAAUAGGUACGAUUAACGAUCUCAUCAGCUAUCUUGAUUAG